CUACGUUGAAAUACCGCGCAAGGCGUCAUAGGAAAGCUAGUAUUUGUUGUAACCAAUCGUUUGCGUUGCUAAAUGCACCAUUUGGAACUGCACCACCGCCGGAAUUCUAUUACAACUAUACUUUACUGAAAGCUGGAAUUGUUUCAAGAAGGCAAGCAAGAAAAUGAAUAAGUUCACACUUAUAGUCAUGGCUGCAGUUUGCGUCCUUAUUCCAACAGCAAUGUCUCUAAAAUGCUACACCUGUAAUAACCCAUUUGGCAACUGCGGAGAGAUGGCAAUGCCGUGCAAGAAAGACGAAGACGUGUGCUUCAAGCAUCGCACGGGCGACUCUACAACCAAAAGCUGCGGCAAGAAGUCAGAUUGCGAUGCUCGAAUCAAAAGCUGCACUGACAAUAACAACUACUGCGAGGCGGCGUGCUGUGAGACGGACGAGUGCAACGCAGGUGCUGUCAAUCAACCUGUCGUCUUGGUGACUGCUCUUGCCGCUUUCGUUGCGGCUGGUGCUUUGCAUUAAACAUGAGUGUCAGUUUAUUUUAAUUAUCUUGUAUUCUGUAGGCACGAACUUGUUUCGUUUUACGAAACAACAAGGGGUCCUUGUUGAAAUUUUAGCACAAUGCACUAGAACAAUUGUAAAAACAUAAAAAAAGUAUUCUUGGUCACCUUGUGUAUUUAAUAAAGCCUUUACUGAAAA